AUGAGGCUGCUGCUUCGGGUGGCAGAAGCCCCCAGUGCAGCACCCCACCUGCCCGGCCAUCUAUUUCCGGCCACCCCAAUACCAGGCUUCUACCCAGUCCGGGAUUUUAUUGAGGAUGCUCAGAUGAACCCAGUGAAACAGACGUACAAUUUUAAAGGGGAAGGCCGGAAGAGGAUCUCCAUCUUCCAGCAGAUGACUGACAUGACCCUACCAAGCAGCUUCAAAUACGUCCCUCCUUCGUUUGUGCAGCUGGCUGAGAAAAGGCCUGCGACAUAUUCCUUCAAGAGCACCUCGAGGGACACGCCCACGACCACCUCCUAUAGAGAUAAGGAUAUUAAGACUGACCCUGGGCAGUAUGAUCUUUUCCCUCCUCCUGUGCCCACUUUUCCAACCAAGAGUUAUAUGUUUCGAUCUGCAGUUCAACGGCUUAACACUUUUGGUGGGAAAGAAGGCCCAGGCCCGGGUACAUAUAACAUAAAAGAAGUCUUGCCUACGCCUAUUCGGUCAUGCUUCCUGUCCAAAGUACCACGGUUGCUGCCAUCGUAUUCUAAAGUUCCUGGCCCAGGGAGUUACUGGCCUACAAAGCAGUCUCCAAAACAACCAAGAACCAUUGAGAGCCUGGGAAGAGAGCACACCAUCUUCUUCAGCAACACUUCAGAGCUUUAGAAAACAAGAGUGGUGCAGUACAUGAAAUUCAGGGGCACUGAUUCUGAAAAACCACUCCUUCUUCUACCUCAUCCAUAUCCCGUUCCUCACCAGGACCGAUCUGCCCACUUUUCUUCCCUAGGCUUUCAGUGGGCCACAGUGCUAACUAACACCACGAUGCCAUUUUGUGCACUGGGUCCCCUGUCUCCAUUUCCUCCCUGGCCCCUUCCUCGCAUCCUAAGAGUCUCCAUUGUUCCUGCUGUUUGACGUGGCUAAGUUGUGUGUUCCUCCACCACUCAGUACGCUUCUUUCUGUUAGCAAGGAAACUGAACGAUGGGAAUAAAUCCUGACCCCGGAGCCCUUGUGAGCUGGCGGUUGGGCUGAAGCCAGGUUCCUCUGCUGCCUCGAGGGUACCAAUUUUCCUGCACUCCUCUCUGGAUUCGGUAGAGCUUAACCUGAACUAGAUGCACAGAGCGUUUGAUCAAGGACAGUCUCUGCUAAAUGCAAGAUCUGCAGUGAAAAGAAGAAGAAGAAGAAAGAACACAGAUUGCUGAACGAUUCGAGGGGGCUCAGCCUUCGCAACCUUUCCCAGAGGUACAAGGGGGAAAAAAGACUUUGUUGCUGAUCUUUUUAUAUGCCACAGCUUUCUGUUUCCUCACCCCACACCCCACCCCACGUAUUUCCAGUCAGUCAGAGCCUUGUCUAUCACUCAGAAGCAUCCCCACCCCCAGGAAUGGUACUGAAGUCAGUAGAGCCACUCUGGAAUAAAUGGCUUUAGGAUAUUGGUGCUGUUCUCUUUGCAAGGUUUCAAAGGGUGGUGUAGCCCCAGAUUGGAGGCAUCUACUAGCAGAACAAACUUUCAUUCAUGUAGUAGGGUUUCUAUUUCUACUCCUCAUCCUUGAGGUCCCAUGAGUGGGGAGUAGAGGGUGGGAUUGCUGGAACAGCGUGGGCAUUAGGAGGUGCCGUGGGGAAGAACUGGUGGAAAUUCUACACACACACACACCCCUUAUAGGAACCGCUGCUGAAUCUCAUUCCUUUCUGCAAACAGAAGAAGCCUUUAUGGCAAUCAUAUAAUUUUUGUCAGCAAAAUAUUGAAAAGUGUGUGUGUGUGGGGGGGAGUGGGCUAUAAUGGAGGACUGGCUUACAAAGCAGUCCUAAGUUUAUUCAGAAGAAGGGAAGUUCUGCAGAGUUUAAUGGGGCUUCUUAUUUUAUUUAUCAACGUUUAUAUAUUGCUUAGCUAAAAAAAAUAUCUAAGGGGUUUACCUAAAAUGGUGUAAAAUAUUCAUUUAAAAGCACGAUACCGACAUACGUUAAAAAACAAUAGAAUUAAAUUAUAAAAUGCAUUCUUAUAAUUAAAAAAGAAAAAAGAAUGCCGUACUAUGUACAUACGGGGAUUAAAGCAAAAGUGCAGGCUUUUAUUACACUUGUCCUGCUUCCACAGGACUUAAUAUAUGAGAUUCCCAGCACACAGUGACAGGUUUAAGACCUGCAUGGCUUUAGAUCUGGGAUGGGGGGGCCUUCCAGAUCGCCCAUCAGCCCCAACCAGCAUGGCCAAUGGUUUGGUCGGGAAUUAUGGACAUAUUAUCUUGUAAGUGAAUUUAGUAUGACAGCAUAAGCAAAACAUGGCAUGUUAUGCUUGCAAAUAAAAAGGUAAAGGGACCCCUGACCAUUAGGUCCAGUCGUGACCGACUCUGGGGUUGCGCGCUCAUCUCGCAUUAUUGGCCGUGGGAGCCAGCGUACAGCUUCCAGGUCAUGUGGCCAGCAUGACAAAGCCACUUCUGGCGAACCAGAGCAGCACAUGGAAACGCCGUUUACCUUCCCGCUGUAGCGGUUCCUAUUUAUCUACUUGCAUUUUGACAUGCUUUCGAACUGCUAGGUUGGCAGGAGCUGGGACCAAGCAACGGGAGCUCACCCCGUCACAGGGAUUCGAACCGCCGACUUUCUGAUCAGCAAGCCCUAGGCUCAGUGGUUUAACCACAGCGCCACCUGGGUCCCCUAUGCUUGCAAAUACCAUCACUUUAUUACAGAUGCCUGUGGGACGGUUUGACCUGCUUUGCAAAUAUGUUUCUGGGGUUUUGAUUCAUUUUGUAUUGGAUAUAUGACUAAGCUGAUGAUAAAUGUCCGAUAAGUACUGUCAAUGAUCUCCUGUACUGCUGUGUGCGGCUGGUGCUUGCAGCAUUGUAGUUUAAGGGCAGAUGGGAAUUAUAAAUCUAUGAGAAGUAAACUUCAAUGCCCAUAA